CUAUUAUAUUCGUUAUAUUAUAUGACACAAAGAGCCACAUUUAAAAUAAGUCCGCGAAACCGAUGGUUUAAAACCCAUGUGAACUGCAUUACCCAGAAUGCAUCAACUGAUUUGUCGGUUUGUUUUACUCUCGCGGGCUUUGUUUUGAUAUGGCGGCAGGCUUCGAAACUUUUGUCUGUUAUGGUUCUGUAAGGCUCGCUAUCGCUCCAGUAACACUGCUUUUCGCUCAUGUUACAGGGAGCCGCUGCUUGAGUCAGUGCGGUCAACAUGUCAUCUCCAGCCGGGCCUCACUUCUCCCAGGCGGACUUCUUGGCGCGGUGGAUGCCAAGUAGCACCAGAGCCGGGGUUAUCCUCAACCCCUGUCUGGACUUGGCUGGCUCUUUCCGGAACACCACUGCUGUGGAAUCCCCGUCCCUGAAGCCAGACGACUCCUUUGCCUCAGACUUCAGCCCUCUGCCCGCCUCCGCAGACAGCAGCUGCGUCGGUGUGGAUGGAUAUGGCCGAUUACCAGGAGGAGAGAUGCCAGUGAGCGGCCUGUCCCCUGAGUCCCCGAGAAAUUUAGAUGGAGAGCUGGACAGUUUGGAUGAGAUGGCAAGCAAGUCCGAGGAUCUGCCUGUUAGGAUGAAGCUGGAACAGUUGAGACAGUGGCAGCAGCACAUGCAGGAACAGCUUAAAUCCCAUCAGCUGGAGGAGCUGCUGCGUCUGCAGGAGGAGCAGCAGAGGCUGCUGGGAAUGAUGAAUGGAUCACAGGACUGCACAGGAGGCAUGUGGAACUCCAGAGAAGAUGAUCAGGAUCAGAGUGUCGACACCAGCCAUUCUCAUGAGCAUGAUGACAUGGUUAUACCAAGCAGUGGUGUUGGUUUGACUGAAGACAACAACAGAAAAAAAGAUGCAGUCUCUGACAGACCUAUUGAGGGUCAGAAGAAGACAUUUGAGGAGUUGUUGGAGGAGCAGCUGAGGCUGGAGGAGCAGAGGCUGAAGUCUGCCCAGCAACAGCAGGGCCAAGAUGGAGCUAAAGCAGUUGCCAAGCGGACCUUUCUGAAGCGAGGCGAGGGUCUCUCAAGAUUCACCAACAAUCGUAAAGCCUCGUUGCCAAAAACAGAGGUGAAAAAGGACCCGAAACCACAAGUCCAGGCCAGAGGAAUGUCUCGCAGCAACUCAGAGCCUGCAUCUAUCCAGAGAGGGAGCACAAAUGCUGUCCAGCGGCUUCCUGUCCAACGGAAAACUGCCACACUCAACAAGGAGAACCGGCAGAGAGGUCUCAUUUCGCCACCCCAGGAUAUUAGAGUUGAGAGUAAGACAGCUUGGACAAGAGUUUUGGGAAGUCAUCAAAGGCAGAACACAGAAGGAUCAGAGCUGAUUCAAACUGACCCAGGGGGUGGGCAAACCAAACAACAUCAACUGGGGCAAGUAAAGGAGCAGAAUAACAAGAAAGCGGCCCAGUCAGCUCAGGCUGCAAGGAACCCUUGUUACAACACACAGCCCAACCCUGUGACCAAACAGGUGGGCAUGGGAAGAGGGCCAGAGAGGGUUGAAAAUGAUGCAGCUAAAGAGUCAAGAGUUCCACUGGAUUCGUUUGAGUCGUCAUUCCAGGAGAAGCUCCGGCGCUGGGAAUGUGACCGGCAGUUGGAAAGCAUGGAGCUGGGAGAGUUUGAGCUUCUGGAGCAAGCUGCCGAGGAGCUGUCAUUCUCAUCCAACUCCUCCUUUGUCAUGAAGGUUCUUCAGAUGGACCGGCUGCAGCCUGCCAGGGGGCACCACCCACGGCGGCUCUCCUCCACCCCUAUUAAGUCACCUCCUAAAGUUUCACUUCAGAGGUGCAGUAGUGUUGGUAGUAUUGGUGAUUUGGCAUGUAAAAGCAGUUCCAUGAACUCAGAAGCAUUUGUGAUGAAGAUCAGAGACAAUACACAUAAUAACAAAGUGAGCAUUGGUGAUAAGAACGAACAGGACAGUGGGAGAGAAGUCGAGCACCUGAACUCUGAUCUGUCCUCUUUAAGUGGUUCGGAAUCUGAAGACCAGGAAGUGGCGGUUAAGCCACAUUUGUAUCUCAGAACUCGUUGCUUUCCUGCACAGACUAACCCGCCAUACGACAAGCGGUCAUAUCAGGAUGAGGACAGUUUCAGGGAUUCAGCUUCAGAUGUGACAGGAGUUGAUGAAAAGGACAAUGACAGCAUCCUCAGCGCAGCUGACGAGUCCACUCUGCUAGAGGACAAAGAUGGGCAGCAGGGUAGAGUCGUGUUUGAUGACAAUGACACGUGGAAUGACCUGGAGGACACUGUCGGCAAAGCCAGUAACAGUAGAGGAGCUUAUUCAGUUUCGAAAGCAACAGCCAGCGGAAUCUCACCACCAGAGCGAACUCUAUCGAGGAAGGUGGCAACAAGCAAAGUUGUGGAGCUGGAUAAGGGCACAAAUAUUGUCUCAGCUAAUCAGGAGCCAGAUGUUCCUCCUCCUGCCUCCCAGCUCAUGACAAGAUUGUUCCCCUCCCUGAAGCCGAAGACCCAGAGUGCACCUCUUCCACCGCCUGCUGCUCCGCUUGCUCCUGAGUCCAAAAAACCAGAGGUGGAGACAGGCCAGCAGGUCCAGUCUACACGGCUGAGGGAGAGACUGGUUGAGCUUGAGAUUGAGAUCGAGAGAUUUAAGAAGGAGAAUGAUGCGCUUGCCAAACUCAGACAGGAGAAUGAGAAAAAACAGGAAAAUCUCAGGAAAGAGCUUUUGGAGUUUGAGCAGAUGAAAGCAGAGGAGCUGGCCAAGUUUGAGGAGUACAAGAAGGAGGAGAACAGGAAGCUGCAGAAGGAGCGCAAGCUGUUUGAGAAGCAUGCGUCAGCCGCCAGAGCCAUCCCCGACAAGAAGGAACGAGAAGAGAUCCAGGCGUUGAAGCAGCAGCUGCUCUCCCUGCAGGAGGAGGUGAGGGGGAAGGAAAGUCGCUGGGCCUCCACACAGAGCCGUCUGAGGCAACAGAUCGACUCCCUCAGGCAGGAGAACUCUUCUCUCCGAGGCGAGAUUCAAAUGAUGGAAAAGCUCCGCAUCAGUGCCUGGAAGAAAAACCCUCUCAGUGCAGAGAAGGACAAAGAACCCAAAGACAGUCCAAGAAUGUUUGAGAACAAUUUGUCAGCUGUGACCAAAGGAGUAAAAUUCGCUAGUCCACUUGACUCCAGAGGAUGCAGCACAAUCAGCAGCAGCGCUCCACAGAGCAGCACUGCUGCAGCCACGAGAAGAGGCUCCAGGGAGAACAGUCAGGCUGCUUCAGCAGGGAUAAAGAGCAGCCUGAGGAGGCCAGGCUCCUUCUCCUCAGCCUCCUCUUCAUCCUCAUUGCCUGACAGGAGGACAGAGGAGAAGUCGACACCCGCCAGCAAGAGUCAGAACAAAUCUCCAAACCAAGAACACCCACACAGCUGCUCUCCGAAAAGCGAUUCUCCGCCAAAAGAACCAGCAUGCAGUGAGACUGAAGAGGCAGAAGCAGCUCAGGAGGUUAUCACUCAUCCUGAUGGGAAGAUAGAGAAGGUUCUGGCUGGCGGUGAUCGUCUUAUUACCUUCCCCAACGGGACCAGGAAGGAGGUGUCAGCAGACGGACUGACGGUCAAAGUCACCUUCUUCAACGGAGACACCAAGCAGAUCACAGCUGACCAGAGAGUGAUCUACUACUACGCUGAAGCCCAGACGACACACAUCACCUACCCAGAUGGGAUGGAGGUGCUGCACUUCCCCAACAACCAGACAGAAAAGCAUUUCUCAGACGGCCGUAAGGAAAUCACCUUCCCAGACCAGACAGUCAAGAACCUGUUUCCCAACGGCAGAGAGGAGAGCGUGCUGACAGACGGCACCAUCAUACAGGUCAACCCGGACGGCACCAAGGAGAUCCUUUUCAACACAGGCCAGAAGGAGAUCCACACGGCCGACUACAAGAGGAGGGAGUAUCCAGACGGCACCGUGAAGACAGUCUAUGCCGACGGCAAGCAGGAGACGCGCUACCCCAACGGACGGCUCAGGAUCAAAGACAAAGAUGGCAACGUCAUCGUGGACAACAGAGCGUAGAGACACCGUGUCUCACAGCAAAUUAAAGGUUUCAGGAUCCUAAGGCUGAUCUCUGAACUAUGAUUUCCAAAGACUUGCAUAAAGUCUCAAACAAGUCAGACUAGAAUCACGUGUCUCUCUUGCUCCCCUUUAAUGUUAUCACCUGUGUUGGUAUGCAGGGCUUUUAAAAUCACUCUCUAGAUGGACACAUCUCCACUGCUACACCUACAUUACGUCCAUCUGUAUGGCAGCUGAUGUGUCAUUAACACCUUUUUAGAUUACAUUCAGUGAAACACGUCACGUCUCCUUGACAUUUGGAAAAAUUUAAAAUGCAAUUCUGUUCACUUAAAUUAUUUACUCGUUUAUGUUUAUUUGCACAUUACCACCACCGAGUUACGAAUUGAGUUAUGCCAAAUAGUUGCAGACAGAACAGAGCGCUGCAGGGCUACUAGUGGUUAAAAACUCCACAUGGACGUUCAGACUUCUUACAUAUAUUCUCGUGCACAAGUCGCACAGCCAUAAAUGAAAUGUAAGCAGUGUAUCAACAAACGCAGGACUGCUGACACAUUAACAUGGAUGUAAACAAUAUGGAUCUCAAACUGGCUUCACAAUGUUUUAUGAGGAAGGAAAUGCAUUCAUUAUAUUCACUUCACUUCAAAGACACAAACAAAAUUUUUCCUGAACAAAAACUUUGCAAGAAAACUCAACGAGGCACCUUUAAUGUAUCUAAGGGUUGUAGGAUUGUUUCAGGUCUUAAAAGGUGUUUAACUUUUGCAAUGAUGUCCCUUCUUUAUUCUGUUUGACAGUGUUUGUAGCAGGAUGUUUUAGCACAUUACCAACCACCAGACCUCAUUCCGUCCUACUGUUUAAAUGUUCACAUAUUCAAUGUUUACAUUUUCAGUGAAGACCGGGGAGGAGAAAUGCUGAACAGAAACAAAAUGUCACCUGUGCAGCUGUGUUUUUCUGUUCUAAGUGUUUGUUUACAACUAUUUUAAUUUGUAAAAAUGUUAAAUACAUAUUUAUUUUCUUAGCUGACUGUAAUUUUUUUGUAAAAUAAAUUUUAACCUUUUUUCACACACUGAA